AUGAAAUAUUUGCAAGUUUUUCCUUUAAAUUCUAUUAAUUUAAUAAUUGUGUAUAAGUCAAUAUUGUUAAUAGUCGUAAUUACAUUAGAAAAUCUAAAUAAUAUAACGAAUUGGAACACAACAACAUUUACAGCGAACGCAAAUGAUUUAUCGGCACCUUUAAACGAUAUUUCUAGUAUUCAAGAGUACGCAUUCUAUCUUGAUCCAGAUGAUAAUUAUAAUGCUCCUCAAAAUGGUUAUACUGUUACUUUCAAUAGUUUAUUUAACCAACUUAAAGAUUCUAAAGGAAUAGAUAUUAAAAAAUUGAUUUGGGGGUUUGAUCUCAGUGGAAUUAUGAAAGAUGAAUCAAAAUCAAUAACUGGAUUGAUGAAAAAUAAUGAUACGUGUUUAAAAAAUAGUAAUUUUUCUAUUCGGCCAUGGAAAGAAAUAAGGAAUAUUGCAUUAACGGACAUGUGUAUAGCUAACAAUGGUAAUGGUUUGAGUCGUUAUUUUGAUACUGAUACCAACUCUACGAUUCUUUCAAAUUCAUAA